AUGUCUCCCAGCGAGCGGGCGGCCGUGUCCUCUCACAGGGGGCUGUGGCCUCUGACCCGCUCUCUCCUUCCUCCUGCAGGGACAGGGGCAGACCCGGUGGUCAGCACCAGGAGCAACCACUGCCUGGAUGCUGCCAAGGCCUGCAACCUGAAUGACAACUGCAAGAAGCUGCGCUCCUCCUACAUCUCUAUCUGCAACCGCGAGAUCUCGCCCACCGAGCGCUGUAACCGCCGCAAGUGCCACAAGGCCCUGCGCCAGUUCUUCGACCGGGUGCCCAGCGAGUACACCUACCGCAUGCUCUUCUGCUCCUGCCAAGACCAGGCGUGUGCCGAGCGCCGCCGGCAAACCAUCCUGCCCAGAUGCUCCUACGAGGACAAGGAGAAGCCCAACUGCCUGGAGCUCCGCAGCGUGUGCCGGACUGACCACCUGUGCCGGUCCCGGCUGGCGGACUUCCACGCCAAUUGUCGAGCCUCCUACCAGACGGUCACCAGCUGCCCUACAGACAAUUACCAGGCGUGUCUGGGCUCGUACGCCGGCAUGAUCGGGUUUGACAUGACGCCCAACUAUGUGGACUCCAGCCCCACUGGCAUUGUGGUGUCGCCCUGGUGCAGCUGUCGUGGCAGUGGCAACAUGGAGGAGGAGUGUGAGAAGUUCCUCAGGGACUUCACCGAGAACCCAUGCCUCCGGAACGCCAUCCAGGCCUUUGGCAACGGCACAGAUGUGAACGUGUCCCCAAAGGGAUCCUCAUUCCAGGCCACCCAGGCUCCUCGGGUGGAGAAGGCCCCUUCUUUGCCAGAUGACCUCAACGACAGCACCAGCCUGGGGACCAGUGUCAUCACCACCUGCACAUCUGUCCAGGAGCAGGGGCUGAAGGCCAACAGCUCCAAAGAGUUAAGCAUGUGCUUCACAGAGCUCACGACGAACAUCAUCCCAGGGAGUAACAAGGUGAUCAGACCUAACUCAGGCCCCAGCAGAGCCAGACCGUCGGCUGCCUUCACCGCCGCCUCCCUCCUGAUGCUCACGCUGGCCUUGUAGGCUCCGGGGACGUGUCGGGAGAUUUCCGAAAGCUACACAGAUGAGAGCACCUGCCUGACAACACGGAAACACACACAGACACACACACACACACCUUGCAAAAAAUCAGUUUUUUUCCCACCUUGUCGCCGAACCUGUCUCCUCCCAGGUUUCUUCUCUGGAGAAGUUUUUCUAAACCAAACAGACAAGCAGGUGGGCAGCCCGAGAGCCGGCCCAGGGACCCCCUGGCAAGGGACACCCGGUGCGCCGAGUGGGGCGUGAGGCUCUGGAAAUGCCCUUCACUCUCUCCUGCUGUUUUCCUCUCCGGACCCUUCUGAAGCAGAGACCACGGCGAGAGCCUGCGGCCGGAGGGACUCGUGGCUGUGCCUGGGGCUGGCUGGGGCAGGGCGUCGCAGCUGCUUUCUCCAGCUGCCCACUCUGGGGGCCUGCUGGGGCUGGCAGAGGGCAUCGGUCAGCGAGGUAGCAGGGCUGGGCAUGGGGGGCACAUUCAGCCCCACCUUGCGGCUUCAAGGCUGGAGAUGGUCCUGCCUCCGCCCUUUGCCUUUGGGCAGGCCGCGUGGGGACACCAAGGAUGCCCAUGGAGGGGGUGGCGCUCUGCUGCACUCCCCUUGACUGUGCCAUGGAGUCGGGGCCCGGGGCCAGCUCUGGGAGGGCUUGGGGAGCCCAGGCCUGGGCUACCCUGUUGUGGGGAGGGAGCAAAACUUGGGCACCACCUUCUUCCUCCUUGGUGGCAGGAAUUUUGAGGUCAAAGAGAAAUGACACUUUGUUGGCUUUUUAGUUUCUUGUGGGUCCGUUUGGCGGGUCUCCCUUGGGGAGGGGGUCUGGAGGGACCACAGUGGGACGCGCACCUGCUGCACCCUGGUCUCUCGAGCUCUGUCCUUCUCUCCUCUGUCCCUCGUCCCUUCCACGUUCUCUUUCCUCAUUUCCGAGACAUACGUCCGCUGUAUGUACAUACCAAGGCUCCUUUCUCGGCAUAUAGACAUAUAUUGUGUGGUUUCCCCUUUCUUUCCUUUUUUUAAGAAACAAAACUAUGGAAAUAAUGCCCCAACAGAUGAGCGAAAAUGUAUUAUUGUAAAGUUUAUUUUUUUUAAUAAUGUUGUCUAUCAUGGGAACGAAAGGAAGUCGACCCCCAGAGUCCGGUCCAGUUGGGCUGACCGGGCUCCUGCCGGGGUUCCUGUCGCGUCGCGCUUAACCAAGGCUCCAAUAAACGUACUAGGAAGCA